AAAAGCCUGAGGCACCACGCACGUGUUAAUGCCGAAGUAUUUUAAAUAAGAGUUACUUUUAAAAUUUUAAACCACGGAAUGACAUUUUGGAUAAAGCAUCUUCCUUUAACUUAGGUUUCCUACAAGAACCAAGUUUUCUUUAAUAAAUGUGACAGAUGGCUUUUAUACUGCACACUUGGAGGUCAUUGUUGAUAAAGCUUUACAUAAUGAUUGACCUAAUGUUUUCCUUUUGUUUUGGGGUCAGAGGGCAGAGCAAAGAAAAAGUCGAAGUCACAAUAACAACAAAUUUGGAAGGGCGAGUCGUUUCGUUGUGAUAUUUGGACAAAAUGUCACUCAAGUUUUGCUUAUAUUCGUUUUCGUUGGCCUUCUUAAUCACUGCAGUGCAGCAGCAAUUUUUAGAUUAUAAUAUGCGUGCUUGGGCAGACAACCUAUAUCCGUUGGUUGGAUCCGAUUUACGCUUAUACUGUUAUGCUCAUGACAAGACAAAUAAAGGACCACUUAAUCUAACUUUCCAUACUUCGGACGAACUUGAAGUUCCAUCUUCAGACCAUAUUAUUUAUAUGAAAGAAUAUUUUGAAAAAAAUGAUACCACAUUAGUCACAGCUUUGAUAAAAAAUUUAACACUUAAUGAUGAAAAAAAAGAUGGUAUUAAAAUGUGUCGCUACGAUAGAAGAUCUAGUUCUUAUCUGAUAAAUUUCUUCAUCAUACCUAAAACUAGUGUCCCAAAUAUCACUGUCAAUAAAGAUAAAUUUACAGCAGAGCUAGGCACCUCUUUGACAAUGUCUUGUAAGAUUUCCGUUGUCUUGGGAGAGCCUGUGAUAGGGAUGAAUUUGGUUUGGAAAUACGGUACGAACACAGGAAAACUUCCAAAUGACACUGAUGUUAGCCUUGACACAAACAUUGUUGAAUACCCUGACAAAAAAAAUUCAUAUGCAUAUUCGUCUCUUAAUAUAUCCAAUGUACGCGGCUACCAUAGUGGAAAGUACUUUUGUGUGGCAGAGUUAUCUUUAACAAAACGUAUUGGUCGUAUUGCUCGUUUUAAUAAAAUUGUUACUUUAAUGGCAGUUAAAAAGUCUGUUGCAACAAACGUGGGAACAAGUCUCCACAUACCAAUGUUGAACUUUGGUGAGCUUCCUACUUGUAUUCAAGCGGCCCAACUUCCCCUCCUGUUGUGUCUCAUUCAACUGGUGAAGGUGUUCGUGCAAGAGUGACAAGUGAAGAUGAAGAGAAUACAGCGUGAAAAAAGUGGAUCUUUACGAAGAAGUUAAUGAAGAUAUUACGAAGUUAAUGAAGAUAUUACGAAGAAAAAUGUUGAAGAUGGACGUUGUUGCCCGGAAAAAUAUUCUCAAUGAACAUUGUAGUGUGAUUUUGUUUUUAGUGUUGAUUUUUUUGAGAUAAGAUGAGCCCCAAGUUCCAUUUUUACUGAACAGCGAUCAGCUUAUAGGUAAACUAUUCCUGAAUAUUUUAAUGCUUCCAAUAAGCGUCUCCCUUCAAUUAGACGCCUCCUUUCAAUUGAGAGUUAUUACCAGCAAAAGUAGUGCUCAGUGCUCGUUUUAUUUGUUUUUCUUUACUUCAUUAUCGUAUUGUUUCAUGUCGUGAUAAAAAUUGUAUUGGUUUCUUUUAAAAAGUGUGUUGUGAAUUCUAAAAACCCGCACACUCAA